GUAUUAGAAGAAUGGAGUUUUUCAGAAGAACCUUAUUAAAUCUACAAAUCUAGUUCAAUAAUUAAAACAUUUACGUCUGUGUAACAAUUCAAUUUCAAAUCUUAAUUAUGUCAUUAUCAAAUCCAAAACUCAAGUUCUCCAAAUAUUGAAAUAAUAUGAUAGAACUAUUUAGUACUCAAAUAUUAUAGUAGGAACUAAUUUAGGCGAGCAAGAGCAAGAUGAAUAGCUUUCAAACGAGGAAAAGAUAGUUGAUUGUUAAUAUGAAGUUGCUGGAGUGGAGAAUAAUAACAUUAUUGAUAAUUAAUUUUUGUAAUACUAAAUAUAAUGAGUUUUAAUAAGUUUUAGCUAGAAGGAUGUGGGUUUAACUUCAAUCUUAUUCAUUUAUUAUGGCUCCAAGAUCCAAUUUUCAAAAACAACAUUCGAUUAGACAUUCCAGACACAAUCCAAAUUCUUUAAGGAUAACCUCAUUUUUGGUAUUACAGUGUGGAUUCUCAAAUAAUGAGGAAGAGCAAAACAAAACUGAAUUUAGAGUCAAUUUUAAAGGAUUUUGUGAAGGAUAAAAAUGAUAAUCAUGAGAUAUGUGCAGUAUGGAUAACGAAGAAAGACAAUUAAACUGAAUUCGAAUUUCUGUCUUAAUAUCUUCUUUGUACAUUAAUAUCUCAAAUGAAUUAUGAAACUGAGGGCUAUUUACAGAAAUUCAUAUAUCCAAAAUCUGAGAAGAACGAAGUUAUAAAAUGUACAUGGGGAAACAAUUUGUGUUACUUUGAAGUCUUUACAAAUAAAUAUCCGAUAAUGAUGUAGAAAGCAGAUAUUUAUUAAAGAGCCGUGACUUUUGAAACUUAAAAUGGGCCUGUUGAAUAAUCAACUUUAAAGGGAACAUAAUUUUGUCAAAGAUUAGAAUUGUUAUGUGGAUUAAUCAUGUCUCAUGUGAUAAAUGUUACUUAAAACUAAAAAGAAAUCACAUUGAUGGAAUUGAUAUUUAAAUUAUCAAAAAAGGGAUAAAUCUAUCUCAUAAUAUGUUCCAAUUUAUCAACAUCCAAUGUCCCAACCAAAUUUUCAUUACCCGAUUUUUCAAUUACAAAAAAAGUAACAAAGGAACUUUUGAAUUAUCCUAAAGCAAUAACUUUAUCAGAUAACUCUAAAUGUAUAGUGUGCGAUGAAGAGAAGAAUCAGAUAGAAUUUUCAAAAGUUAAACUAAAGGAAUUAAUCCAUUACUGGGAAUCUGGAUCUGAUCACAGGUCAUAAAUUCAAUCUCCAAAGUCUCAUAGAUUGCAUGCUUAAUUGAUUAAAAUAGAUCCUACAUAGUUAAUACCAAGAGUGAUCAAAUUGAUGUAUCCUAGAAUGAGUUUAGAAGAAUAUUAAGAAUUUAGAAAUAACACAGUCUUCAUAAAUUAGACUAUCUCAUUGUGUAGUUAUUGUUUUACUAAACUUUAUUAAAGUGAAGCAGAGAAAGUCAAAGUUAUUCCAAGAAAACACCAUAGAUUGUUAAGAACUGAAAUCUAUGACAAUGAACCAAUCAAGUACGAGCCUAUCACUCCAGGAAAAUCAAAGACAUCUACUUAUUGCAGCUUUUUAGAACAUAAAAUGAUAAAUAGCUACAUCAAUCGAAGACUGAAAUUGACUAAUAUUAAAAAGGAAUCAUUUCCAAUGGUCAAUAACUCGAAUUCCCUGUUUAAAACUACUUAAUCCUCGAGAAUUAAAGUAGACAUAUGA